AUGUGUGGAUUACAGUUUUCUGUUUGCCUAUGACUCUUUCUACUUGUUACCUGUUUUCUUGUAUUGUUAUUCCAUAAAGAGAUAUUUGAAUGUUGUCAGCUCUGCUCUUGGAGACAAAUUAAUUGCCAUAAUUUAGGCCUUUCAUGUAUUCCUAAGAAUUUUCAUGGAAGUACAGUUUUUGUAUCUGACUGGAAUAAUUAUCUUGUGGCAUCGUAUUUGGAUAAUUCUAGUAUUGUGUAUGUAUAUCCAAACACCUUUGUUCAUUUGGGGCAUCUGUAUUUUUUAUAUCUAAAUAAUAAUUUUAUAAAACACUUAGAUCCUGGAAUUUUUAAGGGACUUUCAAAUCUUCGUGAUUUUAAUUUAUAAAGUAAUCAAGUAUCCUUUGUUCCAAGAGGAGUGUUUAAAGAUCUAGUUUCAGUUCAGUAUUUAAACCUACAAAGAAAUCACUUCACUGUCCUUAGGAGUGGUACCUUUGUUGGUAUGGCUGCUCUUCAGAUUAUUUGAUUUAUCAAGCAAUAAUAUUUUAAAGAUAAUAAGACUUACUUAGGCUUUCCACACCGCAAAAACCUUAAUUGUUUGUAUCUAGAAAGUAAUAAUUUAACAAAAGUACCAUCAAAUGCUCUUGAAGUACUUAAGAAUCUUAAAAGACUUUUUUUGUCUCAUAAAUCCAUUAAAAUAAUACAGCCAUUAGCCUUUAAAGAACUUGUCACCGUAGUGUAUCUCUUCCUGAAAAAUUCAAGAAUUAAAAAUGUUAUUAGAGAUGGAUUAAGUGGCAUUAAUAAUCUUAAACAUUUUAUCUUAAGUCAUAAUGAUUUAGUAGAUUUAAACUCUGACACAUUUAGUUUAUUAAAUAAUUUAACUCACCUUAAGUUAGUUAGAAACAGAAUAAUCAGUAUUGAUAAUCAUACAUUUGAAAAAAUGGGAGCAUCUUUGAAGAUCCUUAAUCUGUCAUUUAAUAAUCUUACAGACUUACAUCCAAGGGUCCUUAAGCCAUUGUCUGCAUUGAUUCAUCUUCAGACACAUUGUGAUCCUUGGGAAUGUAACUGCAAACUUUUGGGCCUUCGAGACUGACUAGCAUCUUCAGCUAUUACUGUAAACAUCUAUUGUCAAAAUACCCCAUUCAUGCGUGGCAGAGCGUUACGUUAUGUUAAAUGGACUGACAUUACAAAUUGCAUUACAUCUUCGACAAAUGUAUCCAGAGCUUGGGCUGUAAAAUCUCUUCAUAUUCAUCACAAGACCACUGCAUUAAUGAUGGACUGGCAUAAAGUAACCACACAUGGGAAACAUUUGGAAAAUACUGAGACUCAGAGUGUUACUUUCUGGGAAGGAAUUCGCACUUCACCUGCCAAUAGAUUUUUUCAAGAGAAUACCCCUGGUAAUCCGUUAGAGAAUACUACAGUGUUACCUGUGCAAGUGCAACUUACUUCUUCUGUUAACUUGAACUUGGAAAAAAGUGCUCUACCAAUUGAUGCUGCUUCAGUGUCAGGGAAACCAUCACUAAUUUGUACCCAAGAAGUUGAGAAGUUGAAUGAGGCUUUUGACAUUUUGCUAGCUUUUUUCAUCUUAGCUUGUAUUUUAAUCAUUUUCUUGAUCUACAAAGUUGUUCAAUUUAAACAAAAACUAAAGGCACCAGAAAACCCAGGGGAAAAUAGACUUGAAUAUUACAGCUUUUAUCAGUCAGCAAGGUAUAAUGUAACUGCCUCAAUUUGUAACACUAGCCCAAAUUCUCUAGAAAGCCCUGGUUUGGAGCAGAUUCAUCUUCAUAAACAAAUUGUUCCUGAAAGUGAGGCACAAGUCAUUCUCUUUGAACAUUCUGCUUUAUAACCCAACUUAGUAUUGAUUAUAUGAAAACAGCAGUGUCAGCCAC